UAAAUCAGCAAGGAAGAAUGAGCCACGUGGCUAUUAGACAGAGGCCAGUAUUGGCUUACUUUGAAGUUGCUGACUGUUCAGGUAUGAUGUCAGUGGUUCUAUGGAACUCCCUAUGUCCAAGGUUUUUUCGAAGUUUAGAAGUUGGGACAGUAAUCUUUAUUGUGCGGUACGUUGUGAAGGAAGCAUUUCAGAUGAGAACACGACCGGUUUCAUACUACCCCGACUUAAAAACGUACAAAGAAAUAGAUAUUUCCUUGAACCCUCAGAAACCUGCUGCUGAUAUUAAGAUUAUUCCACCAAAACAAGUCAAACCUGAGUGGAGGCUUCCUAGUAUUAAGUAUCGUUUUAUUACCAGGGAUCUAUUGGACACUCUCCCAGACACCUAUGUUUGUGAUGUCAUUGGCCUUGUCACUUUUGUUGGCAGAUGUGAAAGAAUCAGAAAGAAGGAUGAUGAUAAUGCUUUUUGGGUUCGACGGUUUGUUGAGAUGAUAGAUCAAACAAGUACAAAACCAUUUAUUCUGGAACUUUAUUGCACUUCCCAACCAGACAUCUACAAUCAACUACAUCCAGUGAGUUUCUUAGUCUGCACUCAAAUGAGGGUUGUCAGGAACAACUUCCAUGAUGGAUGCAGCAUUGCAUAUUUGACUUCAUCCAGUGAGACUCAGAUUUACAUCACAGGUUAUCACAAAGGAAGACCAUACACAACUGACACUACAGUUAGAAGAUUUAUUCAAUGGGCAAAAUCACAACAUAAGACAGAUUUUCUGGAAAGGUCUGUGGUUGGAGGAUAUUAUUCUUUUCCUCCCUUGCCUUCAAACUUUCAGGCCUACAGUCAAAAUAUGAAAGAUAUCUCUGAAAUGGAUGAAGUUCCAAAAUCGAAAUCCUUAAAUUGGUCAUGGGAAAGUUCAAAGUGGUCAGAGAUUAAAAGUCGAGUGAAAGAAUUCUUGUCAUUUGGCCAUCUCCUUCUUGAAAGUUGUCCACAAAAAUUUGAGUAUGCAAAAAAGGAAGCAAUAAUGAGCCAGCAUAACCUCCAAUCAUCAAGAUGUUCUUCAUUACUAUUUGAUUCCUCUAAUUGUGCUAGAGAUUUUGCCACUGCUUGGAGUAAUGGUUACUAUGCAUUGACGAUUGUUGAUCUAAAUCAGGAAAUUGCUUUGGAUGUUGUAUUUCUACCGCUGACAACUGACAAGAUCUUCAUUACUGGUGCAAAUGACACCACUUUUAUUUCCAUCCUGUCUGGUGGUUGGACUUCUGAAACUUCAAUCAUAAAUGGUAAUAAGACUGUUUAUAUCUCAAAUUAA